UCUGUCUGUCCGGUCCCUCACCCCCUCCCUUCAGGAGUGCACUGGUGCUCCUCGCAAACACUUAUCUUUAUAGCACUCUUACCCAAGUCUCGUGUUUGUGGAGUUUGGCACGCGCAACAUCACACUGCUCGCCGUGUCAUCUAAAUAUGUCGAUGUAAACGAGAAUAGAGGAAAGAGAAGCCGAGGGAAGAUGAAAGCGGCGCUUCUGUGGAUGCUUGUCUGUUUGGCGACUGCGUGUUGUCAGCUUGGCACCGGUGAUAGAUACGGCUGUCUGUUUGAUGGAGGCCUGUGCUUCAGUGGUCAGGUUUGCUGGGAUGAUGAGCUGUUUGGUCAGUGUCUUACACAAAAGCAGGAAAGGUUUCGCUACAGGGUGACUGCAGUUCUACUGGACAGACUGCAGUCAUUACUGCAGACGCUUAUGAAGGAAGGAUUAACUUGGCAGGAUGAUGUCACCCAAUCAAUGAUUAAGAAAGAGCUUAGCAAAGUUCCGAAGAUCCCACUUUCUUCUGGGAUAAAGAAUGGCCCAUCCACAGAGUCUCAGAGUGCCCACACAAACCAGCUCAAACCCAAAAUGGUGCAGCCCUAUAUGGACUACAUGAUUGUUGAUCCACCUCAGUCAUCUCUCCAUAUGCAGAGCCUGGAUCCUUAUAGUUACCAGCGAUAUGGUUACCAAGAUGAAGAGGAGCGUUCUUUGAACCUGGUAGAGGGAGGCAGGUACCCACCAACCUCCUCUCGUAUUAGGGGAAAUUCACCACUUCCUCCAUCACUAGAUAAAGAAGAUCAGCUUCUGCAGGAUCUGAUGACUCUCCUCCUUUCUUCGCCUGCACAGCCCACAUCACGCCAGCGUGUGGCAGCACCUCACUCCACCUCAUCUUUUUUCCAGGAUCUGGACUUCCCGCUUGACUACAAGGACUAUAACAAAGACUUCUUUUCCCAUGAUGAAAAGAUCAAUAGCCAACAGGAGCAAAAGAAAGGUCCUCAGAAGUAUGGAGUGUUGUCUGAGCACAGUGGAACCACUCAACAGAGCCUAAAUGAGCUGCUCCUGCAACAUGGAUUUGAUCUAAACCAUCUGAAACCUGAAGAGAUGGAGCGUCUGUUUACUGUCCUUCAGCUCCUGCAAAAUGAACCAACAAACAAUCAGAGAACAUCUGAAAUGAAGGAUUCCCCUGUGUCUCCAAAAGUGAUGAAGAUUACAGAGGGGGAGAUGACCCAUGUGGUGGAGAAGGCUUCUGCCCCGGCUACAAAUUCCUCCAAUUCUCCACUCAACCCUGUGGCCGAAACCUUCCCCAAGGGUUCCCAAGGGGCCUCCCAGGAUAACUCCAUCUCAAUAGGUGCUAGUGCAUUAGGGCCUUCAUCUCUCAAACAAGAGGAUGGACGACUUGGAAAGGGAGCCUUGAGUGUGAAGACAGGAAAGAAUGACACCAAGUUAAAGGAGGAAUUUGGAUACAUUGUCACCAAUCAGAGCCUUCUCUCUCUGUCUGAUGGGGUUCAUCUACUGAAGACCCUUGCUGAAAGGAUCCAUCUCACCACUGGCUCUUUCAUCAAUAUCAGUGUGGUUGGUCCAGCUGUCACUUUCCGGGUGCUCCCAAACAGCCAGAAUUUAACAGCAAGUGAGGUGUCCGAAAAAGCUGUGGCUCAAAAGGUCCUUCUAGAAUCUGAGACUGGUCUAAAGGUGCUUCAGGCAGGUGUUGGGGAGAAGAACGAUGGUCAUGCGUUGCCAGUGGCAACACGUGUACGUGACAACACCCAGUGGGUGUUCCUCAUGUUUGUGGGUGUGGCUUGUGUGGGUGGACUCCUGGUGGGGGCACUGACCAUCGCCUGCCUGCGCACCCAUGCCCGCCAGUUGGCCUCAGGGAAACUGGGACUUGGACCUGAAGCAGGAAAUGUGACGCAUUAUGAGUACCAGGAUCUUUGUCGGCAGCACAUGGCUGCUAAGUCCUCUCUCGGAAGGCAGGACUGUGGGGUCGGAGCUGCAGGUGGUGCCGGUCCAGCAGGAGGAGGAGGGGGUGGGGGAGGAACAGAUACAUCACGAGUCAGCAGUGUGUCAUCACAGUUCAGUGAUGCACCUCAGCCAAGCCCUAGUUCACACAGCAGCACCCCCUCCUGGUGUGAGGAGCCAGCGCAGUCUAAUAUGGAUAUCUCUACGGGGCACAUGAUACUGGCAUAUAUGGAGGAUCAUCUGAAGAAUAAAGACCGUUUGCUCAAAGAGUGGGAGGCUCUGUGCUCCUACCAGGCAGAACUCAGCACAAUCUCAGCUGCCCAGAGUGAAAUUAAUGUCAAGAAGAACCGCUGUGCCGAUGCCGUGCCCUAUGACCAUUCAAGAGUGAAGCUGAAGGCCGAGAUUAACCCCUCCAGGACAGAUUACAUCAAUGCCAGCACCAUUAUCGAGCAUGACCCCCGGAUGCCUGCGUAUAUUGCCACCCAAGGUCCUCUCUCACACACCAUCUCUGAUUUCUGGCAGAUGGUUUGGGAGAGCGGGUGUACAGUCAUAGUGAUGAUGACGGCUCUGGUUGAGGAUGGAGAAAAGCAGUGUGAUCGCUAUUGGCCCGAUGAGGGCUCUUCUCUCUACCACAUUUAUGAGGUGAACCUGGUCUCUGAGCAUAUCUGGUGUAAUGACUUCCUGGUGCGGAGUUUCUACCUGAAGAACGUCCAAACCCAGGAAACUCGUACCCUCACUCAGUUCCACUUCUUGAGCUGGCCUGCAAAGGGAAUACCCACCUCCACACGGCCUCUGCUGGACUUCCGCAGGAAAGUCAAUAAGUGCUACCGUGGCCGCUCCUGCCCCAUCAUUGUGCACUGCAGUGAUGGUACAGGCCGGACUGGAACAUACAUCCUGAUCGACAUGGUUCUGAACCGCAUGGCUAAAGGAGUAAAGGAGAUCGAUAUUGCUGCAACGCUGGAACACAUUCGAGACCAGAGGCCAGGAAUGGUGCGCACGAAGGAACAGUUUGAGUUCGCACUGACCGCUGUGGCUGAAGAGGUUAAUGCUAUUCUCAAAGCUCUACCGCAGUGAAACGAAUUUCCAUGACUGAGCAGGCACACAAACACAUACAUACACACUCACAAAUUACAUAGCAACUACAUGCAUUUGUGCAUACAUGCCUUAUGUGGCCACUGAGGUUAGUAUUAGGGAUCUGCAUGAGUAAUCAAUACGCUCUUACUAAAACUUUCACUUAAAUCAAGUUACAGCUAAAGUGUGUUGGGUUGCACUCUGCUAUAGAGGGGUGAGAGAUUUUAUUGUGCAGUAUUUUAAUCUUUAUGGUUCUUGUUAGAGUCAUGCUUUCCACUAGAUAAAGAUCCACUUUUAUGGUGCCAAGUGCUAAACGACAAGAGUUGUGAGAAACUAUUUGUGCAGCCUUUUUUUUUUUCACAGCAGAUUCUGCUAUUAGCAAAUUAAAAUGUCAACUUAUAGCACUUGUAUUUCUGAAUAAUAUUAAGUUAAAUGAUAAAAUAGGUAAAUAUCAGAUAUAAAA